UACCCGGCAGUCAUUUCAUUAAUUAAUAAGCAGUUAAAGAACAUGUUGAUUGCAUUUUUGUUUCGCAAGAACCGAUUUACCCAAUAUUGCUGGGCCUUCACCGUGCAUCGUUAUCUUCCAGUGGCACAGCGCCCACAAACAAUACAUUCCGGCAUAAUGUCAUACAAAUAUGAAUUUUCAACUGAUUUUAUUGGUAAACAAAUACAUAAAAGUGAGCGUGUGCACCUGAUCAUUCUCUGUCCCGAGCGAAAUAUUAUGUACGGCUUUCAAUCAAUGGAACAUUUUGUUGAUCUGAGUACUAGGCUUUAAGGUUGUUAUUGCUGGUCUCACUCUCUCUGCAAUUGAAGUGUAGUGAAAUGCGAUGCAUUAUCGAUAGAUCAGUGUUAUGUAAUUUGCAUAAUAUUCUAUAGGAUAUAUAAACAAAACAAAACAAUGCGAGUAAGCAAGUUACUUAGAUUUCGCAGCACUUCUCUGCAAAGGUGCAACAUCAAGCAGCAAUAUGUGCCACAGCACAAGCCGGCGCUGGACGAUGAUAUAAAGCGGCUGGAGGAUUUCUUGCUCUCGAAACCAAAUGUAGUUGUGUUGACCGGUGCAGGAAUCUCAACGGAAUCAGGUAUACCCGACUACCGUUCCGAGGGUGUCGGCCUUUACGCCCGCACCAACCACAAGCCCAUCCAGCACAUGGAGUUUUUAAAAUCCUCCAACGUACGCAAACGGUACUGGGCACGCAACUUUGUGGGCUGGCCGAGCUUCUCCGGUAAACAGGCAAACGCAACACACCAUGCUCUGUCUCGCUUCGAACGCGAAAUGCGCAUUCAGUCGGUGGUCACCCAGAAUGUCGAUCGCCUUCACACCAAGGCUGGCACCAAAAACGUGGUAGAACUGCAUGGCAGUGGUUACGUGAUAAAGUGCCUGUCCUGCGAGUAUCGCACUGAUCGCCACGAGUUUCAGCACAUAUUGGCCUCCCUUAAUUCCACCUUCAAUAAUGUGCUGGAAAUGACCCGGCCCGAUGGUGAUGUGGAGAUUCCACUCGAUUAUAUAGAAAACUUCAAAAUACCUGACUGUCCGCAGUGCGGUGGCGAUCUCAAGCCAGAUAUUGUCUUCUUCGGUGACUGCGUGCCCAGGCAGCGCCUCGAUAAGAUCGCUGAAAUGGUCUACAAUAGCGACGGCCUGUUAGUGCUUGGUUCUAGUCUGCUGGUUUUUUCCGGCUACCGCAUCGUUCUGCAGACCAAGGACCUCAAGUUGCCGGUGGCGAUUGUAAACAUUGGAGACACGCGAGCCGACCACUUGGCUGACAUCAAAAUUUCGGCCAAAUGCGGCGAUGUGAUACCUAAACUGUUUGACUACCGCAAGAGCGGCUCGGCCAAUAGCAAUAGCUAAUAUUUGUUCUAACCGACGCCACACUAAGCGUAGAAGGGUUUGUUGAUGACAGGGACACUGUGCUGUAGUAUCACAACUUUGUAUGUCUUUAUUUACCCCGAUAAAUUACAAUAACUUUGUGUUUGAGGAUCGACCUUGACAAUAACGCCGAAA